UUUGACGUUUUCUCUUUGAUUUGAAAACUCUGCAAAGAGACCUUAACUUGAUUAUCUCCUCCUUAUAACGCCGGUGACAUCUCUACUGGGUUUUAUCCGGCAGUUCCUUCAUUGGAAGUUAAGCAUUGCCACGUUUUUCCCUUGGCUUCUUCGAAUCUUCUCAAUGGCCACUAUGAUGCUGUUGUAAUUCCUUUUAACUUUCAAUUCCCAAGAGCUCGUCAACGCCAAAAGGCUUGAAAUUUCCACAAAAUCAUUCAUCCUAAAGGUUAAUUCAACAAACAUUCGAAUGCGCACAGGUGGAGGCGCAGGUGCAGCUAUAAAUAGAGCUGCGGGGCAACAACUUCUAGGUGCAUUGUUUGACAUCCCUGAAGUCAAACCUGGAAUCCCUUGCCCAACAGGAGAAGCAAGAAUUACUCCGGGUUUCAAAUUGCCUGCAUCUCAUGUUAUUCGCACAGUUGAUCCCAUCCAUUUUUUUUUUGACAAGAACCCUGUAGUCUCCUUAAGAAAUGCUUACAGGAACAGCUUGAUGGCCGCCAAAGCCAACAAGAUUGAGCAUAUUGCUUUUCCUACCAGAAGCUGUGGUACUUAUGGGUAAGUUGCCAAAGUGUAAGGCGGACAGCCCGUUACCCCAUGAGGAUUGGCCAAACCCAGCCAAGCCGUAGGUCUAUGAAAUGAUAUAAGGGCACGAUUGAUGAGAAUGAGAAGUUUGCUGGACACUUUUAUAAAUAUGGAAAAGUCCAGGGGGGUGUGAUGGGUGAGACAUACUGAUGUCUCCUCCUGCCAGAGGUCACUAUGCUCCUAAUGCUCUUUAGGGGGGUGUGACUAGUUGGGCACUGGUGAGCACGGUCGGGCCCAGCUAGUUGCCGAAUUUGGUGUCAAGCUCUCCACCAUCCCCGGGGUCACUGGCGCAAGGGCGUGACUCUAAGUGAGCUCCCUACGUACUCAUUGUACUAGGCGGCGGGCAUCGGGUUCUCGAGGGAUAAGAGCUCGGUGUCUCCAUGAAGAAGGAGCUUCAUGGACACUACAAGGCCGAGGAGCUUGUAGUGCGCGUCUCUCCGAGGCCCGAGGUU